AUUCAGUGCGCGAUUUGGUGCGAAAUCCCAUGGCGGGCUACCGGAAGCUGGAGGAUCUGUCGGACCCUCCGUCGCUUGGUCUGCGCCUGGCAGUGGUGGGCUCGGCCAUCGGGUGCUGCGUCAGCUGCGCGGGCCUCGCCUUCGGGUUCAGCGCGCUGGUGCCGGAACUGCUGGAGCUGGGGGCCUUCCACGAGGAGUGUCCAUCCUCGGGGGUGUGCCACCGCCAAAUCACUUCGUUGACUGGGCUCUUCACCACGGCCACCAGCCUGCUGAACCUCGCGGCGCUGCCCUCCGGGUUUCUGCUGGACUUAUGGGGCCCCCGCCGCUGCGGCGCGCUCUUCUGCGGUUUGGUGGCCGCAGGGUGCUGGCGCUUCGGCGCCGGGAACUACCAAAGCGGCUUCCUGGCCCUCGCGGUGGGCGGCCCCUGCAUCUUCAACUGCACCUUGAGCUUCGGGAACCUCUUUCCGUCCCGCUGCGGGCUGGUCGUGGCGGCGCUGGUGGGCGCCUUCGACGCCUCCAGCGCCGUCUUCGCGGGGCUGGCGCUGGCCUUGGGCAACGGGGCCAGCUUUGAGAGGAUCUUCCGGACCUACGCCGGGGUCCCCACGCUGUGCGCGGUGGCUGCCAGCCUGUGCUGGCCUGCCUGGCCAGUGGCGCUUCCAGAGAACGAGCCACGCGAGAAUGAGCCCGUCUCUGGCAAGGAGCUUUGGCGCAUCUUGUCGAGCGCGGAGUUCGCGCUGCUGGCAUACACUGUGUCCGUGUCCAUGGUGUGCAUCAAUUUCUUCAUUGCCACAGUGUACCCGCAGAUGCUCUCAGUGACGCCAGAGGAGGCCACGGUCCUCAACAGGGAGUUCGCAUGUCUUCUGCCGGCGGGAGGUAUCGUUUUCAUCCCCCUCAUCGGUGCCAUCAUCGACAGGCUGGGCCCCGCGGCGGGCUAUGUGAUUUUGCACUCGGUGUACCUGUGCUUCGUGCUGCUCCUCGCCGGCUUCCACCUGCGUCUGGGGGGUUUGGCGCUGCCGCGCCUCGCCUUUGUCCUUUUCGCGUUGGCACGGCCCUUGUUCUACGCGUUGAACGCCGCCUUCUGUGGGCGAACCUUUGGGUUCCGCUGUUUCGGCACCGUCUUUGGCGUGCUGAUGACCUGGGCAGGGCUCUGCAACUUCCUGGUGCAGCCACUGGCCUCCCUGGGUGCCGCUUAUGGCUUUCUGGAGGUGAACCUGGCCCUGGGUUUGGGUCAGCUCACCGCGCUGGCGCUGCCUUUGUAUAUGGCCGUUUUCAGAGAAAGGCCCAAGGCAGCGGAGGGUGUCAUCGUGCGGCGGGGCCUGUCGGUGCGCAGCUUUUCCACCCAGCUCUGAACGCAAGCUGAGGGCACGCAGCUGGGCUCAUGACUUCGCAGCGUCGGGGCUUCGCAAGGCUUCUGAGCUCAGCGGACAUGUGGCAAAGGGCGCGGCAAUUUGGCGCGGCACUGGGCUCAGGUUCGAUUGGACGGAACAGGCUGCUCCUUGGACUUGCUCGGGCAGACGCGGGCGCGCUCGCUUGCCUAUCCUGGAGAGGGUUCAAGUCGCUGACAGAGC